AUGGAGGACGGAACAAGGGCUGGAACCGUUGAUCAGGGACGCAAGGAUUCAGUUUGGCGUCGGAUCUAUACACACAGUUGGGUCCAGAUUCUGCUGAUCAGUUUUAUCUGUUUUUGCUGUCCUGGGAUGUACAAUGCCCUCACUGGACUGGGAGGAUCUGGACAAGUGAAUCAAACAGUUGCUGCAAACGCUACUGUGGCGUUACUUGCAGCCACGGCAGCAACAGCGUUAUUUGUUGUUGGGCCGAUUUUCAAUCGCGUCGGUCCCCGUGUUUGUCUUCUUCUUGGCGGUUGGGCAUAUCCGUUGUACUCGGGGAGUCUCCUCUGCUUCAACUCGACCAAUAAUGGUGCCUUUGUGAUCGCCUCCGGUGCGCUCCUCGGCGUGGGCGCAUCGUUCUUGUGGGUCGCACAAGGAGCUAUCAUGACAACGUAUGUGCCCGAAUCACAAAAGGGACGUGCAAUCGCGGCGUUCUGGAUCAUCUUCAACCUCGGGGGUGGAGUGGGAUCUCUAGCCAGCUUUGGGCUGAACUAUAAUUCCACCAGCGGCACGGUCUCGAAUGCGACAUACAUCGCUCUCCUAAUUCUCAUGGGAAUUGGAUGGUUGAUGGGCGUGUUCAUCUGCCCCCCUGCAUCAGUUCGAGUGGCCCAAUUGAAAGCAAUCCCAGAGGAAGAAAAGAACUGGAAGCAGACGGCGCGAUUGUCCGUAAGUACCAUCGCUGAUUGGCGUGUCUUGUGCAUGCUGCCACUUUUCUUCUCGGCAAAUGUCUUUUACUCUUACCAGCAGAAUGUGGUCAAUGGCAUGACCUUUGAUAUCCGCACGCGCUCGCUUAAUGGUGCUUUUUACUGGAUUGCGCAGAUGUUGGGCGGCUUGAUCAUUGGUCUUAUUCUUGACUUUCCGGGUCUGAACCGACAGGUUCGCGCGAGGGUUGCUUGGGUAUUCCUUUUCGUGACUGGAAUGGCUAUCUGGGGCGGUGGUUAUGCGUUCCAGAAAUGGUCGUCGCGCCGCUUGGCCUUGGGCAUCAAGCAGGAUAUCGACUACAAGGACGGUUCUGCCUCCGUCGGUCCAAUGCUACUCUACAUCUUCUAUGGCGCCUACGACGCGUUUUGGCAGUCGUUCUGCUACUGGCUCGUGGGGGCUCGGUCUAAUUCGCCUGCUGUCACCGCGAUCUUGGUCGGUGCGUACAAGACCUUCCAAAGUGCGGGCGGAGCUAUGGCAUGGCGAAUCAAUGCAUUGGGGAAGCCUGCUAUGACCCAAUUUGCCAUGGAUUGGGGUCUGUGUAUGGGGUCGCUUGUCAUCGCCAUUCCUUCCGUUCUGGCGGUUACCCUGACCAGCGAUACUGAGCCCGAAAAGAUGAAGAGCAUGGAUGACCCGGAUUCGCCGGAUCCGCCGGAUUCCGAGAAGCACAAACCUGUGCUAAGAAAGUAA